CUCUCUCUCUCUAUAACCUUGUCAAGCAAGCCUCUCUCUCUUGGAGACUUCUUUUUAUACGCUUCCUCAAGAUCACAGCAGAGUCUCAACACCAUGAAAGCGUCUCCCUCUCCAUCUCCCUCCACCAUGGAUCCAGAUCUGGAACUGCCCAAGAUCAGGGUUCCCUCCUCUUCUUCUCCUUCUUCUUCUUCUUCGGUUGCCGCGGCUGUCCACGACGAUGAGUCGUCGAGCGGCGACGCGGGUGCAAUUCAGAUCGCGAGCGACGGCGGCAGCGAGGAGUGCCGGACCCCGACGUCGAGCGAGCAUAGGAUCCAGGCCGCCGAGACCUGCCCCCCGGCGCCGCGGAAGCCCCGAGCUGCGCCCUCCCGGAAGAGGAGGCACGAGUUCUUUGAUGUGGCGAACCGCGACGAGGUGGAGGGUUUCUUCCGGAGCUGCGAGCUGGCCCUGUGCUUGAGGGACAGGCCUGGCGGGGCGGUCGUGAAGAGGAGGUACCUGAGUAAGGGCGUCGUGGUCGCAAUUCUCUGAUCGAAUUCUUUCUUCUUCUUUUUUCUCCUUCUUUCUCUUGCAGUUUUCUCGGGCAAAUUGUUAUUAUUAUUUGCGAUUUCAUUUUGUUUAUAUCGAAUAUCAAACGUGUAAUCUCGUCACCAGAUGUUGCUGAAUGUAAGUAAUAUAGAGAUUCUUAAGCUA